GCCCGGGGAGCCGGCGGCGCGACCGGCCGGCGGCUGAGCGCGGUGCGGGCCCGGUAUGCGGGCCGCGCUCACCUGGCGCGACAGGGCCGAGCACUGCAUCUACGACCUCGCGUUCAAGCCGGACGGGACGCAGCUGAUCAUCGCCGCCGGCAAUCGGCUCCUGGUAUAUGAUACAUCUGAUGGAACCUUAAUUCAACCUUUGAAGGGACAUAAGGACACUGUGUACUGUGUGGCUUAUGCUAAAGAUGGCAAACGUUUUGCAUCUGGCUCAGCUGAUAAAAGUGUGAUCAUUUGGACUUCAAAGCUAGAGGGAAUUCUGAAAUACACGCAUAAUGACUCUAUACAGUGCGUUUCGUACAAUCCUCUUACUCAUCAGUUGGCAUCCUGCUCUUCCAGUGAUUUUGGCUUGUGGUCGCCCGAACAGAAAUCAGUCUCUAAACAUAAAGCUGGCAGUAAGAUAACUUGCUGUAGUUGGACAAACGAUGGCCAGUACCUUGCUUUGGGGAUGUUCAACGGAGUCAUCAGCAUACGGAAUAAAAAUGGUGAUGAGAAAGUUAAAAUAGAGCGUACCGGGGCUGGCUCAUCUCCAAUAUGGUCCAUCUGUUGGAAUCCAUCCAGUCGAUGGGAGAAAUUUUGGAGUAGAGCAGAUGAAGAAGAGGAGUCAGAUAACGGCCGUUUAGAGAAGUCAGAUAACAGCCAGUUAGAGGAGAUACCAGAGUUGAAAUCCAAGCCUGACAGAGGGCAGGAUAAUGAGGAAAAGAUAGAAGACAGUGAGAAAGAAGACGCUAUGCAUUCCAACUUAGAUGAACGCAACGAUACUUUAGCUGUGGCAGACUGGGGUCAAAGGCUUUCCUUUUAUCAGCUGAGUGGCAAACAGAUUGGGAAGGACAGAAUGCUCAAUUUUGACCCUUGCUGUGUUAGCUAUUUUACUAAAGGAGAGUACAUUCUGCUGGGAGGUUCAGAUAAACAAGUUUCCCUCUUCACGAAGGAUGGUGUCCGUCUUGGAACCAUAGGAGAGCAAAGCAGCUGGGUGUGGACUUGCAGAGCUAAACCAGACUCCAACUAUGUGGCAGUGGGCUGCCAGGAUGGAACAAUAGCCUUUUAUCAGCUGAUUUUCAGCACUGUUCAUGGCCUUUACAAAGAUCGCUAUGCUUACAGAGACAGCAUGACUGAUGUUAUUGUCCAGCACCUCAUCACGGAACAGAAAGUUAGAAUAAAAGGCAGAGAGCUGGUGAAGAAAAUCGCCAUCUACAAGAACAGAUUAGCCAUCCAAAUGCCAGAGAAAAUCCUGAUUUAUGAGCUGUAUUCGGAUGAUUCCUCAGACAUGUAUUAUCGUGUGAAGGAAAAGAUAGUAAAGAAGUUUGAAUGCAACUUGCUGGUUGUAUGCUCAGAUCACAUUAUUUUAUGCCAGGAGAAAAGAUUGCAGUGCCUCUCAUUUAGUGGUGUUAAAGAACGAGAGUGGCUGAUGGAAUCUCUAAUCCGAUACAUCAAAGUAAUUGGAGGACCUCCGGGAAGAGAAGGCCUCUUGGUUGGUCUGAAGAAUGGGCAGAUUCUGAAGAUAUUUGUUGAUAAUGUCUUUGCCAUCGUCCUGCUGAAGCAAUCCACAGCUGUACGCUGUCUGGAUAUGAGUGCAUCUCGAAACAAGUUGGCAGUGGUUGAUGAAAACGACACCUGCCUCGUGUAUGAUAUUCAUACCAAGGAGUUGUUGUUCCAGGAACCCAAUGCUAAUAGUGUGGCGUGGAAUACUCAGUGUGAGGAUAUGCUGUGCUUCUCUGGAGGGGGUUACCUCAAUAUCAAAGCUGGUAACUUCCCUGUCCAUCAGCAAAAACUUCAAGGCUUUGUUGUGGGAUACAAUGGCUCCAAGAUCUUCUGUCUUCAUGUUUUUUCUAUGUCAGCUGUUGAAGUUCCGCAGUCUGCGCCCAUGUAUCAAUAUCUGGAACGGAAAAUGUUUAAGGAAGCGUAUCAGAUCGCGUGUCUGGGAGUGACUGAUGCUGACUGGAGAGAACUGGCCAUGGAAGCCUUGGAAGGGCUGGAGUUUGAAACGGCUAAAAAGGCAUUUACCAGAAUACGAGACCUUAGAUAUUUAGAGUUGAUCAGCAGCAUUGAGGAGCGGAAGAAGCACGGAGAGAACCUCAAUGAGUUGUUCCUAGCAGAUGUUUAUGCCUACCAGGGAAAGUUCCACGAGGCAGCAAAGCUGUACAAGAAGAGCGGGCGUGAAAGCCUAGCUCUGGACAUGUACUCUGAUUUACGCAUGUUUGACUAUGCCAAGGAUUUCCUCCGAUCCGGAGACCCCAAAGACACAAAGAUGCUAAUAAAAAAACAAGCAGAUUGGGCCAAGAAUAUCAAUGAGCCAAAAGCAGCUGUGGAGAUGUACCUUUCUGCUGGAGAGCACAUGAAGGCCAUAGAAAUCAGUGGGGACCACGGCUGGGUUGAUAUGUUAAUAGAAAUUGCUCGGAAGCUGGAUAAAGCUGAGCGUGAGCCUCUGUCAAAAUGUGCCUUCUAUUUUAAGAAACUCGAUAACCCCGGCUAUGCAGCAGAAACCUACAUGAAGGUUGGUGACCUGAAAGCGUUGGUCUCUCUCCACGUGGAGACGCACCACUGGGAAGAAGCAUUUGCUUUGAGUGAAAAGCAUCCUGAAUUCAAAGAUGAGGUCUAUGUCCCUUAUGCUCAGUGGCUAGCGGAGAAUGAUAGAUUUGAAGAAGCACAAAAAGCAUUCCACAAGGCUGGCAGGCAGAGAGAAGCUGUGAGAGUGCUGGAGCAGCUAACACACAAUGCUGUGGUUGAAAGCCGAUUUAACGACGCAGCCUAUUAUUAUUGGAUGCUUUCCAUGCAGUGUUUAGAUAUUGCCCAAGAGAAUGAAGAACAGAAGACUGAAAUGCUGCAGAAGUUUCAUCACUUCCAGCAAUUGGCAGAAGUUUACCAUGUCUAUCACUAUAUUCAAAGAUACACUGAGGAGCCUUUCAGUUUCCACUUGCCUGAAACACUCUUCAAUAUUUCCAGGUUUCUGCUUCACAGCUUAACAAAGGAGACUCCCUUGGGGAUCUCCAAAGUUAAUACAUUAUUUGCCCUGGCAAAACAGAGUAAAGCUCUGGGUGCAUAUAAACUGGCACGUCAUGCUUACGACAAGUUACAGGGACUGCAGAUCCCAGCUAGGUUCCAGAAAUCCGUAGAGCUGGGCAGCCUGACAAUCCGAUCCAAGCCAUUCCAUGACAGCGAAGAGCUUGUGCCCUUGUGCUAUAGGUGCUCUACCAACAACCCUUUGCUAAAUAACUUAGGGAAUGUCUGCAUUAACUGCAGGCAGCCUUUCGUCUUCUCCGCUUCUUCCUAUGAAGUACUGCAUCUGGUCGAGUUCUAUUUGGAAGAAGGCAUCACGGAUGAAGAAGCUGUAUCUCUCAUUGAUCUCGAAGCUCCAAGAUUGAAUAAAAGUGGGAAUAAAUGGCAAGAGAUGAUGGGUGAUGAUGCACAGAGUCUGAGGCUUAAUGACAGUGCAGUUAUUACUGAAGACGAUGAUCCCUUUACUGCAAAACUGAGCUUUGAGCAAGGCAGCUCAGAGUUUGUUCCUGUGAUUGUGAAUCGUGCCGUUCUGCAGUCAAUGAGUCGGAGGGACGUCCUCAUUAAACGCUGGCCCAAGCCACUGCGAUGGCAGUACUACCGUUCCCUGCUGCCCGAUGCCUCCAUUACCAUGUGCCCAUCGUGCUUUCAGAUGUUUCACACAGAAGACUAUGAGCUUCUUGUACUGCAGCAUAACUGCUGUCCGUUCUGCCGAAGGAGAAUAGAUGAGUCAAACCAAUGAAGAAAAAUGAUCUUAUACCUCAUCUGAGAGCCUUCCCUAUUGACUUGGCAAGGCAUCUCUUGCAUUCUUAGGUUUCCUAACAACUUAGUUGCCAUCUUGUUCUAUUUUGGACACGAGUGAAACUGAGUUGAAGGAAAUGUAACUUUUUUUUUUUAAUUGGAAAUGUCUGUUUUGGUGAAUGUCCUCUGUAUUUCCAGAUAAACAGCUGAAGUGCCACAGAUUUCUACAGGAAAGUUUCCAGGGUCAAAUUAACCCACGGAAUUGUUUUUAUUCCAAUUUGAGUUAGAACUCAAAAAUUUGUCCUUAAUAUGUACCUGUUAUUGACAGAACUUCAAGUAAACGGCACUAUUUUCAGUA